GUGGAAUAAGCUCAUUCGUGUGUUGUUCUAGCAUCGAGCGUUAGCGAGAGAGGAAACGUUGAAACACAGAAAUGAGAGAAUAUCGUUCGUUUCGCUAUUCGCCGUCAACGAUUCGACUGGACGCCGUUACCAUCGUCUACUCGCGUGUGUAAUCAGUGCGAGUAACGGUAAACUCAGAGCCAAGCACGGAGUCACCCGCGAUAACACCGUAAGUGGUCGUUUUACAUCGUCGAGGGAAGAUAGUACGAGAAUCCAUAUUUCCGUGGAAAUAAAUUAUAACGCGAGGGUUCGUAAACGAGCGAACAGCUGACAUCGCGAGCUGCUAAUCGCACGAACGCGACUUGAAAACGUCGUGAACAGCCGGUCAGCUGAGAAAACGACUCUCGUGGGUGUGGAACAAUCCGGUCUAGGGCGAUUGAUUGUGUGGGUGUCGCGGUCGCUGCAGAGACGUCGAAGAGCGCCAUCGUCGUCUCGGCCGCCACGUGAAUCGCAAACACUGAGAAGAAUACUUGUAGCGUUGAAUAUCGUCUGGAAACGAGGCAUACGUGGCACGGAUUUCCUCGUAUGAUCGAGGCUGCGCGUGUAUUCUAUCGCUCGCAUUAACGCGUUUCUUGUGUCGAUUCAUUUUCCAACGAUUCGUCUGCUUUCAACUUGUGAAAUUUUGUUGAUCGCACCUCGACGUUUUCGAAGAAUUUUACGAUUAAUUUUGCUGUGAUACAACACGACGUUACGUUGUUUUAUAAUUGAAGAAGACGAGAAAAUACAUACAUGGAAGAGUGUUUUUUUGUGCACGAUUCGAGGCUGAAGAAGAAAAAUCCCGAGAGCCAGUAGAUAUUAUACCCAGUGUCCCGUUUUCGUUCGAAAUCGAUGAAAUUCCGAAAGCGUUUGACAGAGGUCAGAAACACGACCACGUAGCCAUUAUUAUCGUAUCGUAUCCGAUUGGUCGCGCGGCCGUCAACGCGACACUUGGCUAGUGCUGAAACGCGGACUAGUCUCGUUUAACCGGUGGCAGAAGCGCUCCACCUGCGCCCGCUGUGUAUAGGAUCGCGUAUUCCCCCUGCAAAGUUCAAGAACCUGGGCUUCGUGUGUACGGUAGAAACGAGUGCACCAACGGCACCCGUGACCCGUUUUCGUUUUCAAUCGAUGUACUCGUGAACUGGGCCGCUCGUCCGCUUGAAACCUCGAUACCUCGCGAGGUGUUCGACCAUCAAAACAGAGGGAACAGGGUAAACAAAUCUGCGAACCGUGAAUCAUAGAAUACACGAUACGAUAGUCGUAUAGGGAGAGAUAUACGAGAAAGAAGAGUAGAUUAAGAUAAAGAGAAGAAUCGGAGCACGUUAGAGAGAAGCAAAGAGAGCGGGGGAGAGCAGUGCGCACAUUCUAACCUCGCAGCCGCCAUAUCGAGGACGCGAGGAGGAAGCUCGUCGAAGGUCGCUUUCGAGGAACACCUGGGGACAGCCCUCGUAUCGUUCCAUGCUGGCUUCGAGCGGAGAACUAGGAUCGGGGACGGAAGAGAGAAUGCGAGAACCUCCACACAGCCUGUGAAACAUGAUUUGUCAUACAGAUGCGGUCAUUGGUAAUCGUACGACGAGAGAUAACGACAACGAGGACGCCGACGGAGACGAGGAUCACGGAUCUAUCCAGCGUCGCGUCGAUGCCUCGACGAGUCUCGAUGACGCUCGCAUGAGAGCCAGCCUCGAGGCGGACGAUAAGACGCGCACGAACAAGACAGUCCGGUGUCGAGUGGCUUCCACUUGUCCAGUCGAACGUCGGGCGAACGUGCUGGUCGUCGUCGACGGGCUUCCAAGCUGUGUACCGAUCGUCACCGAUUGUCAUCGUCUUGUGUGCUGUGACAAACGGCAUAAACAGCAGCGACAGAAACAGCAGCAGCGGGACAAGCAACAGCCAGUGGAAGAUACGAAAGCGAGAGCACGGCAUAAUCUACGCUCGUCGAAGGCGUACCCGUGUUGUCGUGGCCAGCUGCGCCGAUUACCAGGUGUCGGAUGACUCCCCCCGUACGCUACAGCCUUCCCGUAGUCGUAGAAAGGACGCGAUAUCCCGUAGGAACGAGCGUUGUCGCGCGGCGAGCGAUCCUCGUCGCGGUACCUCAUCGGCGGUGUCGUCGGUGCUGCGCCGGCCCGCGCGUCGCGCUAAACUCCUCGCGAUUAGACCUUCCCGUGCACGUUCCUAUCUUACGUCCGUGAUGGCGGCUGUACCUGAUAUGUCGCACCUCACCCCUGAGGAGAGGAGCACCAUCGAGGAGGUUAUAAUAAGGCAGAAGCAGGAGGAGGAAAAGGAAAAUGAGAUUAUGAGACGGAAGCAGGACGAGGUGACGAUCCUCGAGGAAAGGAUACGGGCCUGUUCGGAGAAACACAAGAAGGCGGGAGUGGAGUUGCACGCCACGUGUCACAUAUGCCUGAAAACCAAGUUCGCCGACGGCGUCGGCCACAUCUGCAACUACUGCAGCAUCCGGUGCUGCGCACGCUGCGGCGGAAAGGUCACUCUACGGUCGAACAAGGUAAUAUGGGUGUGCAUUCUCUGUCGCAAGAAGCAAGAAUUGCUGUCGAAGACCGGACAAUGGAUAACGAAGGCGGGCCUAGCAGCCGGGGACAACGCGAUGCUGCGACGGAUGCAGGACAUGCAGGUGGGUGGUCCUCCGGGACUCGUGGACCAAACUCAGGAUAAAAGACCGAAACUCGAGAGAGCGCACAGCGCGGCCGAAAAGGAGAAUUUACCAUUGUUACUAAGGAGCGGAAGUUUGCUCAGAAGACAGUACUCUCAGCAAGAGCAAGGCCCAGGGCGUCGACUGCCAACGAGCGAUAGCGGAGUGGAUAUGUCCGUUUCGCCUCACUCGAGAAGCCUGCCGACGCCCCACGUAGCUUCGCCGCAUCAGAUGCAACAACCACCGAGGCAUCCGGACGCGUACGCGGAGGAUGACCCGAAUCUGUACAGAGGCGAGAUCGACGGUCUUAUGAAACAACAGAACUACCAGAGACAACGACCGAUCUACCCGGAUCAGAACACGGAUCUCGCGAUGACAUACGGCCAACCAACGGUAGAAGCGGGCCCACCACGAAGCGCUGUGCAUCCUACUCAACAACACUCGGUGCAUCAAACGCAAAGCGCGCACCCACCGCAACCGAUGGGUGGUCAGGUUGGUCUUCAGCCUCAGAGAAGCUUCAGCAGCAGCGAGGAAGAGCGAAGCACACCCGAGUGUGCUAGCGACGAGCCUGACGAGUCCGAGAAGGGGAAGGGGUACUACCAACAUACGGGAGGUCCGAUAUCAAUGUCCAGCGGUGGACGUAGGCACAACGGACCUCACAACGGGCACCACAACAUGGCCGCGAUGACCAUCGAAUAUAACGGUCAUCAUCCACCGCGAGAGCCGCGAAAAGAGGAGAGCACUCUCGUGAGACGGAGCUUCCGAAGGAGUGGCGACGAGUGGCGCUCCGACAGUAGGAGGUUCACGGAGAGGAGGGGGAAAAAGACAGUGCGAUUUCACGGUGGGACCAAUGUCGGCGGCCCUCAGGAGGAUUGGUCUUGGGAGGCCGAUCGGCAAGGUAGCCAAGACAGCGCGACCAAAGACUCCGGAAUAGACACCUCUAGCACGUUCACGAGCAGUGAGGACAGCAACAGGGGCGACCUGCCCAAGCAUCCGUUAUCCUGGCAAGUGAGCAGAGACGGUCAGAAGAUCAUUGGCCAUAUGGUGUUGCGAAAGCAGCCCGGAAGCGGCUCCGGAAGCAGUAGUAGCAUACUGGGGCUGAAAGUGGUCGGCGGCAAACUGUUGGAGGAUGGCUCUAUGGGCGCCGUCAUCGAGAAGGUCAAGAAGGGUAGCACGGCUGACAUAGAAGGUCAACUGAGACCCGGUGACGAGGUGAUCAAGUGGAACGGCAGGUCCCUCCAGGGCAAAAGCUUCCGUGAAGUUUACGACAUCAUCGCCGAGUCGAAACAGGAGCCUCAAGUGGAGCUGGUAGUUUCGCGGAAUCUAUCGUCGACGACGGGUCCGAUGACGAUGCCUGCGGGGCUGACACCUACAGCGCCGAUGCCGUCAAGGAAGAUCGCCGCGCAGAUCCAGUGGAGACAAAAGCACCCGGAGACGAUAUCCGGGCCACAGCAACCGCAUCACAAAGAUUAUAUGAUUUUUCGUAUUCCAGGUCUUAAGAAAUGUAUUCUAUGGGAGUUAUACGACGCGAGGCGCGAGAAACCUUCGGUUUUAGUGACCUCGCCGGGCUCGCCGGAUCUUCACGCUCAAGGACGCGCCAGGCACCUCCGACACACUUCCGGCAAUGCGAACGUCGGAGGUAAUCUUCAGGUGAAGCUGAGCUUCGAUUCCGUGGCGCUACGGUUGAUCGUCACGUUGAUCUGUGCGGCUGGGCUCACGCCCAGGAGCAACGGCCAACCCAGAAAUCCCUACGCCAAGAUCUUCCUGCUUCCGGACAAGAGCGAAAAGUCGAAGAGACGAACGAAGACGUUGGCGAACACGAACGAUCCAAAGUGGAACCAAACGUUCAUCUACGAUGGAAUCAGGAGGCCAGAGCUGAGGAAAAGGGCGUUGGAAGUAACCGUGUGGGACUACGGGAAGUACGACACGAACGAUUUUCUUGGCGAAGCGAUACUGGAACUGGCAGCAGCUCAUCUCGACGAGGAGCCCGAAUGGCAUCCGCUGACCGGCCACGGGGAACACCGACAUAUUGGAUACUAUCAGGAGCCCGAUGACAUGGUGAUAACUCCGGUGGACUGCCAUCUCAGUCCACCGUCGACGACGUCGCGGCUGAGCGACUCUGACACUUCCGAAUGCGAUAUCACGGACUGCGACGUCUCCAGGGAGCAAAGGAGAACAGCUGACGGUGCCAGUAUAAGCAGUAUCGGCAGUUCCUCCAGGUUUCAUAAUAUGCCGUCAAAUUAUAAGCGCCACUAUUCUAGUCCCCCGCCGGAAAGGGAGCUGUGCAUCGACGGGGAGCAUCGAAGUCGAAGGGACAUGUCGCCGCAGGGGCGUAAACGGGCCGCCAUCAUGAUACGGGAUCAGCCAGCGUCUAUUUCUGGUUACCAGACCUAUCGCAAGGACGAUAUUCAUCGAGGAAUGAUGGGCCACAGGUCGCAUAGUGCAGCACCUAUGGAUUCGCCGAGCCUUCGGUAUCGCGGAAGGUCUCAAAGUCCCACCGGUCAUCGCUCUCUGUCUCCGCCGGAACAUAGAUCCAUGCUUUACUCGCACGGCUACGUUCCACCCAGAUUCAGCUCGAGGUCAGCGACAGCCACUCCCACCGGAAGUCCGAAGAAGAGACAAUUGCCUCUGAUUCCGACGGCUCUGAAGGAAAGGGCUGUUCAGGAUCCCGAGGAACGGGCGAGAUUUAUGAGACACCGCAAUAGGCAGGUGCAUACCACGUAUAGGAGUACGGGUACGGGAGGUUGGGAAAGACACUAUAGCGGACUGUCGGAUUCGGAUCUGCUCUCGAUAGAUCAGGAUCCGUUAUCUUUGCCGCACAGUCACCCUUAUCGAAUGCACAGACCGCGAAGGGGAAAUUUAAGUCCUGACAAAGACGUACUUGGUGAUCUUGGUGACUCCGAUAUGGAGAGUAUAGCCUCCGUGACGAGCAGUGCCUUCAGUACGCAAUCGGAACGACCACGUGGCUCUAGAGGACUAAUACCGACAGUUAAAAACGUUUUAAUACCCGGUGUCAUAUCCCCUAUGCCCCUGCCCCCUAGGCGCAAUAGGCGCAGGCACAGACUUAGGGUACCCUGCAGCGAAUGUCACUGUCCGAACAACAAUCCCACCAAGCCCAGGAGCAACAACCCCAGCAAGCACAAUCCCACCCCGCAUCCCCUCGUACGGAGCAAGUCCGCAGUGGUGCGCUCGUUGUACAGAAAGAUGCGUACGCCGUUCACGAGGUCGCAGACCGUCGACGAGAACAUGCUGAGAUAUUACAGCCCGGAGACCAGCGAGUACAGCGUCUCCGAGGGGUACUUGCUCAAGCCAGAGGAGCUAACCGGUAGCUCUAAGAAUCGUAUACCGGAGAUAUACGUGGAGGAUUGCCUUCAGGUCGACUUCAACGAUCGCCUCAUCGAGAAGUUUCGCGACAGAUACUCGUCGCCCUAUCAACUGGACUCCGGUAUGCGUAGACGGUCGCGUAGCUGGCAAGAUCGUACCGGCAGAACCGCGAAAUCUAGGCACCACUUGUUCUCGAGAGGCUUGCACGACGUAACGGACGAUCACGGCAUUAGGAACCUAGACGUUAGCUUACGGCCGCGUAGAUCGUUUUUAUUCUCGAAGGCUAGGAGCUUCGACUACGACGUGCUGCACGAUACCUACGCUGAUCGUUACGGUUUCGGACUAGGCACGGGCAUGCUCUCGCGUAGAGCCAAGAGUUUCGAGUACGACACUAUAUCAAACAACAUAUUCAGCGACGACAGCCUGAGAACCGCCCGUCGUAAAUUGAAGAAGAACAUGGCUAUUAACGAUGCCGGUUACGGCGACAAGAUACCGGCUCUGGGCGAUCAGAGUAAAUCGUACUUCGACUCGAACAGCGACGACAAGAUGCCCAAGAUUCUGCUCAAUCGAGAGAAAAAUUACGACUACAUGCUGAAGCAGGAUCACAAACCAUUCUAUGGGUACGAUUCUGAAUUUAGUUGCGGUGAGACGGAGAUUUAUAUGCCGCGCUUCGACAAACAGAACAUAGAUAUGGACCUUGCCGGUAAAGGUUACCACUCGUACGAUCUAUCGGAGGAAAAUUCCUUCAGCAGCGACGAUCAAAUAGGUCUGCGGAACGUCCUUGGCCGUGAAGAUCCCACCAAAAGGAAAUACAGAGACUCGACGUUCCAGGAGCACGAUUCCGCGUUCGGUCGAGACAUAUCCAAGAAACGAACGAAGAAUCUCGACAGCGAUAUCUGCGACCCGACUAACGAGCACAUUUACUGCAGCAUCGACGAGGCGCUGUCGUCCGCGGAGAAGUACGGCCCGGACAGGGACAUUACUUGUCCUUCGAUGCACGCUGCCUCGGAUUUAGAGCACUACGACAAUCAGAGAACUAGCGGUCGUUCUCGAAGAAGAAGGAAAAGCAGCGAAUCGUAUCUGGAGAACGGAUACGAUGGUUACAACUGGGAUAUCGAAUACGACGAAGGGUUUAUCGACAGAGGGAACGUCGACGAGUACGAUCACCGUUUGUACGAUUACGAGGAUGAAAAUAUUCCGAGAACCGACGCAGAAAUGUACGAGGACGAUUACUAUAGAAGAAGAGACGGCAGUCGAAGUAGUAGACGUAAGAAAAGAUCGUCGCAGUACGUUGAUGCUGACUACAUCGGUGAUUAUCGUGACUAUCGUUCCGCGGAGGAGUACGAUUAUCAAGCGCACAGCGGCCCAGAGUGUGUUGGAGCCGACGCUUAUCAAGAUAACACGCUGCCACGAAGGAGAAAGAGGAGAAGUAGAAGAGGAAGCAGAGAAGUUAGUACGGGUGUCUACGAGAAUUUACCGUAUCGAGAUACGAUAUCGAGCACGAGGGGCACGCUAACCAUACCGAGUUUAUCCGAUAGCAAGCGAAUGAUGCUGCAACGAGCAGAAUCUACGCCGAUCUUACGUUCCGACGAGGAACUGAGUUCGUCGGACAGAGCGGAAAGAGCCAGACGUCUGUAUCGUCGCAAAAGGAACAGCAGCUGCCCCGAAGCUAGAGAGCUUCGAUACUACGAUCCUCCACGAAGAAAAGACGAAGAAAGAAGUACGAACUUUAUUCUGGACUCGGACGAGGAUUUCGGUUCGAUGGAGACGGUCGUGUGCGCGGACUGUUUCCGUCAGAAGAACGUAACGGGCACGGUGGUUAGCGACGGUAUUAGAUCGGGCUACUACGACGGGGAACAGGUUCGCGAUGGUUACGUAGACUCAAGAUACGACUACGAAAACGUUCAGACUCGCGAUUAUCGGGAACCAUACGAACUGGCUAGGUCGGGAUCGCUGCGAUCGUCGUCACAGUAUCGCGGUAGGCGAAAGACUAGUUGUCCGGAGUGUCGAGAAUUAGCGAUGUCGUACGAAUUAGGUAGGUCUGGCUCGUUCUCGCGAAAGAGCGAAGAGAGGAGACCUUCGGUAGAAUCGAGACAUAGGUACCGUAGACGAAAUAGCAGCUGUCCGGAGCCUAGGGAUCUCGAGCUACUCGAGAAGAGGCAGCAGCAACAACGUCAUCAGCAAGCCCAGCAGCAUCCGAGUCAACAACAGCAGCAGGGUAGUAAGAGGAACGUAGCGAUCAGCGACACCCUCGAGUACUACGAGUACUCGAUGGAGAGCGAGAGCCAGUGCAGCGAGAACUGCGGAUUUGGCCCGUGCGAUCCGCGUAGGCCUCGUAACCGAGCACCCCACCCCGGUAACGCUAAUUCAAGUCUCUUUGAUUCCCAAACCGCUACCUCCGACACUACUAAAAACUACCACCCACGGGCCGUCGAUCACCACGAAACCUCACGAAACACGAAACUGUCGCGGCGCGACAACUUCACUGAUACCGCCGUCACCUCAUCGUCGUCCCCAACGUCGUCGACUCGACGGCGUUCGCGGAAAAAAACCGCCGCCGACGAUGCCUCCGCCGCCGUCAACCAACAACGUGACGACGCGCGGGAUCGCCGAUCCUCCUCCAUGCCCGAAAGCAGCGAGUACAGUCAGUCGGGUUCGUACGAGAAGCCGUCCAGGAUCCAGCCAGGCGAUAACGAGCACGACGAUCAUAAAAGGGGUCAGUUCACCAGGAGUCUUAGUAAUACCGACGCGCCACAGGACGAGAAAGUUGACGGUAGUUUGAGCGAUACGGCGAUCGGUUUGAACGUGGAGGACUCCUCGAGGAGGGGUCGCAAGAGUUCGCCCGGCAGUAAAAGCGGAAGCGGAAGUAGCAGCGGUGGCGGAAGCGCGGUGCAGUAUCAGUCAGGUCUCGGGAAGAAGAGUAACAGCACCAGUCAGCUGUCCGCCACAGAGUGCGGUAUCGGCGGGAUCUUCGUCGGAAGCGGUGUCGCGGAGGCACGCGCCGGUUUAUCGAGCCGGAAACGCAACAGCACGCCGAGCAGCAUACAGCGUUCCGAGGAGAUCGUACCCUAUCAACGCUUUGAAUCCGGGAAACAGUCGGGAUCGUUGGCCAGUGACACAGCCGGAAGUCUCAACUCGAUCUCUAGUUCCGAAGGAAGCUCUUGGUCUCCCAGUCUACGAAUGACAGGCGAAACCGGCCAACUGAGAGAUUUCAUCGAAGAUCUUGGGCCCGGCCAAGUGGUCGGAAGGCAGGCACUUGGUGCUCGUUGUCUUGGCGAGAUCCAGCUUUCGCUCACCCAGAAGAAAGGCUACCUUGAAGUGGAGGUCAUACGUGCCAAAGAUCUUAAACCAAAACAGGGCACUAAAGCCAUUCCAGCUUCCUACGUGAAAGUUUACUUGGUGAACGGGAAAAAGUGUAUCGCGAAAGCGAAAACGAUGGCAGCCAGAAAAACGUUGGACCCGUUCUACCAGCAGUCGUUAGCCUUUAGAGAAAAUUGCCGGGGUUGUAUACUGCAGGUAACAGUGUGGGGUGAUUACGGCCGAUUAGAAGGGAGAAAAGUGUUCAUGGGCAUUGCGCAGAUCGUGUUGGACGAACUGAACCUCAAUGAGAUGGUGUUCGGGUGGUAUAAGCUGUUUGGCAACAUAUCCCUGGUCAGUGGACCUCCAUCCUUAGCUUUAUCCCGUCGAUCCUCGGCCACGUCCUUAGAUUCCUUUAAGAUUUAAAGAGCUCUUCCAUCUAGUAUUCUCUUUACGUGUAAUCCAACGGUGGCUCGAGCUUCUUUUAAUUCCCAAUGGAAAGAGUAAGAAAAAAGCCAAAAAAAAAGAAGGUAUCGAGUCUAUUCUUAAUCGCGUUUGUCCAUAUAAUGUAUACAUUUCCUUUUUCAAAGUGAAUCCAUAUAUAAUAGUUGUUUGCAAAUAUUCAAAGAUCGUUAAAAAAUAAUAAAACGUGUACAUUAUAAGUAAAAUUGACAAAGAUUUUCAUGGAGAUUUCUCGCGAUACAUGUCCGUUCCAUUGUUCCCCCUUGUAAAGAUAUUCGUGUAUUAACGUUCGAAAUUCGAGAACGAUUUAUCGAUAGACCGUCGGCUCUGAAUACGGUAAAAGAAAAGUCAGUUACGAUCGAUGUCAGUAACGAGAAGAACUAUAUAAUAUAGAGAGAGAAGAGAUUGCGUGGCUAUAUUGGGCAAGUGAGUUCGUGUUGUUGAACAAAACGAGAAAAGUGUGUUUUAUUUGCAAGGUAACCGCGAGAAUGGGAAAAGUGUGAAAGGUCGUACGAGAGGACAUGUCUUUCUAGAAACACCACUAGCACAUCACAUAUCAUGUACGGCAUAUCAGAUGAGCCACUAGUCUUUAUGUAGACUAGAUGUAGAGAUAGCAGCCAUGUUCCUGGAGCGCCAGAUAGUUUUAGUGAAAGCAAUGCAGAGAUACUCGAUACGAGAUCGAUACGAAUUUCAACGUGGUGUGCUAUGAGAAAGGGGUGCCGAACGGUGUUUCGAUGUUCGAUGUUGAAGUGAAACGAAGAACGAGAAAAGCAGUGAAGUGGUGAAAUUUGUUGAAAAUGGUAAACGUCGUAACGAACAGUGAUGUGACGCGAACAUUAUGAAUCAUCGUCACGAACCACUAACGAAAUUUUAAGUAAUAUUACCGUUUCGCGUAUUCGCGAUAGACAUUUCAAAUAAUAUUUGUACAUAAUUUAGGACGCUCCGAGUGUUGACGCCAGUGACGAUUUUCAGAAAUAUAACAAAAAAGACAGUCGCAUUUAAAGAACAAUCAAAUGAACAAAUUAAAAAACAAAUAGAUAUAUUAAAAGAAGAAAAACAACAGAUAAAUAUACUUGGAACUCGUUGUCAAAGUUUUUAGCCAAGAAAUAUCAUCGUCAGAGUGCGAGAGAGAGGGAGAGAGAGAGAGAGAGAGAAAGGAAGAGAGAGAGAGAGAGAGAGCGAGAGCGUAUAUUAUUUAUUGUAAAUAUUAUAACAAUGAUAUAUAUACAUAUAUAUGAAUUCGCGAUACGUAUGCGCGCAGGUGUUUACAAAAUGAUGAACAAUUGCCUUGACCGUCGCGUUCUCGUUGUCCCGUUGCCCUCGCGAUUUCGAGCAUCGCGGCACCACCCGCGCUCCAUAUUGAUUUUUACUAUCACGAUCAAGAAAAUAGAGCUCGAGACGAAGAAGAUAUUCGUCGAGUCUUGUGUCGCGUUUGAUCCGUCGAAAUCGGCCGCGAAUUCGAAGGCGUCGCGAGGCGAACGGGAACGAGGCCGAGAAAUAUCAUGAAUUAGCGAAUUGUUGUUGAACGUUAAAGUAGCCCAUCUUCAACUAUUUUGCGCAAGAGAGUACGUGUGCGUGUGUGCGUGAGAAAGAAGGAGAGAAGUGCUAACUAUAUCGACUGUCGUAUAUUGUGAUUCUGUUAGUUUUUAUUUAAUUGUCGAAAAACUUCACGAAUCGGACGUUUACGCGUAAAGGGACAACCGUGUACGAUUUAGAAUCUUUUAUUCUCUUUAUCAACUUGCACUCGACUUUCAACGGAACGCUCGUUUUUUUAACGUUAAUAUUUACUGAAUAUACCGCCCAAGCAUUUUAACACGACGUCCGUGAUAUUCGCGUCUCGUUUCGUCGUGGGACUCGCCGCGGAAACCGUGUACGCUCGACCUCGACCUCGGGCAACGAACGAGACGGACGAUCGUGAAACUCACAACUGAUUUUAUAUCUCUUAAUUCUCAUGUUAUGUGUUCGAUCUUUGUCUGUGCAUUUGUCUGGUCACUUGUGAACCCAAUUCGAUGAGCAUGCACGUGUACGUAGAGAAUAUCUAUAGCAUUAAACACUUGAUUAACGAACGUGAUUUUCUUUUCGCUGAUUGUGCUUGCAACGUGUAAAUUCUCUUUACAAGAAAAAAAAAGAAAAAAAAGGAAAGAAAAAUGAGAAUAGAGAAAGAAUAACCGGGGGAAAAGACGAGAUAAAGAAUCAUUGAUUACAAAGACAAAUAAGAAAAAGGGGAAUUACUCGAGUCGAAGAUUAGAAAUAACCUGCGAAUUUGACUGCUUCGAACAAAAUACUAAUACGCUCUGUUUUUGGAUUGCACGUAUACAUUCGGUGAGAAAUACAAUUACCUGUGGUCGUCCAUUUUUAUCGCGAGAAAUUUAGUUCGUUCCCUUACAUCGCUUCAAUUCUCGUUUGUUACUCUUUAAAAGGUACUCUCUUUGGAUAUUGAUCGACGUCACUGAAAUAGAGUCACCGUUUUUCUUUCGGAGAUACCGCAGAAUAGCUACUUUGAUAGCAUGCAGGGGUUUAAAAUUUGCCAACAAAAUUAAUUUUUUUUUUUAAUAUAUCCCCUUUUCUUUAUGAUGCUCAAAUAGAAGAUUUCAGAUAUUAAAAUUAGAAUUUCCAAAUUUUUCUAAGUCAGUGACUUCGACAUCGAUAUCUUGAAAUUGUCUACGCUUAUAAAAUUCAAUGUCACGCUACUGUGCUUUCAAUUUUCUCGCGACGAUUCUCAUUUCCUUCUUGUCAUUGCACUCUGCCAUAUUAUCCACUAUCGCCACGCAAAAAUUCUACAAAAUUCUACAGAGUCCAAAGCAAGAGCAGAACAGUGAAACGUAAUCACGAUAUAAGGGCUUAGCUUCGAGAAUAAAACAGAGACGAGACGGACGAAAUAGUGAGAAACUCGAUUAUUUUGCGGCGAAUUCUAUAGAUAGGAGGAACCAUCUGGUAACCGGGUAAUCGAUCGACCAUUAUUACGUGGAGAAUGUAUAAAAAAAGAGGCGAUAUCUUAUCAUAUCUAUAACAUGCUUGAAUUAGUGGACAGAACGUGCAGCAUGGGAAUAAAAAAAAAAAAAAAAAAACGAAAAAAAGAAGCUUUUUUACUCGUGGAGAUAAAAAAAAAAAAGAUACAAACCAAACGUAGAGUUCUAUCAAACGCGACGACUUGUAAUGUAAACUAUCAAGUGAAGAAACGAUGAAAAAAGAAUUACUAUUGUAAGACAAUUUCUAAAUAAAACAUUUUGCAAGUGCAUGACUUAUAUUAGUAGGCUCUUGGAACAAUGACUACAUAAUUAAUCACACAGCAAAGUAUAAACUCUGUAUUAGUGGCUAACACUUGAUAAGGGAAAAAAUAUACAAGACGAAUUAUGUAAUACGUUCAGUUUGUAAUCCGCUGGUUACUUGCAGUUGUAAGAUCCUUCGCGAAAUUCGUUCGACCUUUAUGUAGUUGGAAUUACUACCAUUUUUUCAUUUUUUUUUUUUUUUUUUUUAUUAAUUUAUAUUUCAUUCGUAAAUGAAAUGAUAGCGUACAAAUUGAACAAAAAUUCAAUGCGAUGAAAUUAAAGUAACUUGAACGUUUUUAUUCUCUUCUUUCAUAUUUGUUAUAGCAUAUUUGUUAUGUGGUAAAAUUGCACGAAAAAGUUUCGCGAAGAUCUUAUCGUUGCGAUACUAUUAACGCUUACGAUAUAAAAUACUGCAUAUCCUAUACAAACGUAGGACCUUUAUAAUUAGUAGCCGGUUUUAAGAAAUUCUAAACGAGAGAAAGAGCAAAAGCGCGAAGGAGAAGAAAACGGGUUUACUUUAAUAUAAUAACAUCGAUAAAGUAAUUCAGAGAACUAUGAUAAGAACAUCGGCAAAUUCUCGUAGGAAAUUGCGCUAGAAAUUUUGAAGGGAAUCAAAAGCGAAAACCAGCUGGCUAGAUGUGAAUGAUAAAUCAGAUAUAUUGUGUUUCAUUUAACGUAAUUUUGAUCUAAUUUCUACCUUGACUUUCUUCGCAGCAUCAAUUUUUUAUUUGCUAUUUGUUUAUUUCAGUAUCUUUUAAAUUAUUUUAUUAAAAAAUAUGUUCAAUAAAAGUAAAGAAAAUUUUAUUCUCUCUAAACUAAAAUGUGAUAAGCGCAUAACUUAUUUACCAUUUGUUUUGACAAUCGUCAAGUGUUGUUGAAGAAAAACAAUGCAAGUGGAGGAACAACGCGAAGGGAGCCAAGGUGAAGCUUCUUAAUUUUCACACUCUUGUCAUGCCCAUUUGUACAUAGGCAUGCUCAAUCUUAGGAUCGAACACGCAUCGUGAAUCACAUAUAUAUUAUAUAUACACAUAUACAUACAAAUAGUAUUAACUACGGAAACGAACAAAUUAAUAUCCAACUUUGUACCUAUAUACUUACAAAUUAACUUAAACGAAAAUGAAAUAGAGGGUUGGAAGGGAGACAAAAAAAAAAAAAAAGAAGAGAAAUACUUUCGAACAAAUAUAAUCGAAUCGAAUAAAAAACAAUGGCUGAUACGAGAUAGAAGGGGGCGUCAUAUUGAGAAAAAUAAGAGAAAAUAAAUUAAAUGCAAAGAGAGAUAGAAUGAGUAAAUAAUAAGAUUUACACGGAAUGCAGAAAAUCUGAAAGCCAAGGGGUACCACUUUUGUCAAAUUUAGAGAGCCAAUUUAGGUUUACGAUUAUGAUAUAGGGUAUGAGAGGAAGAACGAGUGCGAGAACAGAAAGAAAGAAAGAGAAGCAGGGAAACAAGACAAAAAACAGAGGGACAUUGUCAACGAUUUCUUUACAAUGAAAUUCAUUACUUACUUAAAAAAUUUGUAGAGACGAUCCAGCGUAGCAUAGAAGUGUUCCUGUAAUCGCGUCGAACGGUAUCUCGAUCGAUCACGUGCCUCGAAUUCGUCACAUUUACACUGAAUUUCGGCAAAGUCGUGCACAAACGAACAUGUAAUAAUCGCACUGAAUAAGAUCGUUUCGACGGAACUCAGUAAUACUUAAAUAGACAAUUGUCAAAUGCCUCAAUCACGCGACUUCCGGAUACAUACCUCUGAUUCACGUAGUCUGCCGCGAGUGUCGCUCACGACGUAAUCGACGCACGCUAUCGAUCGUACGAUCACGCGGACACCGAUUCUCAAAUAUCGAUGAGGCAAACUUCAUACCGUUCGAAUAGCGCGCGUUUUACCGCUCGAAACGGUUUCUAAUUUAUCUGUACGAGACGAAAUCUGUCCGGAUUUAUUUCGAAAAGGAACACGGAGGAGUACGGGCGAGAGAGCGAGGAAGAAAGAAAGGCAGAGAGCGAGGACGAGAGAAAGGUAGAAAGCGAGGACGAGAGAAAGGCAGAGAGCGAGGACGAAAGAAAGGCAGAGAGCGAGGACGAAAGAAAGGCAGAGAGCGUGGAAUAUCACGAGAAAAAAAGGUGCGUCAUUUUCGUUAAAAAAAAUGAUGAGAGAGAGAGAGAGAGAAUAAAAAAAGGAUAAAGAGAUACAAAGGCGAAAAGAAUUUAAACAAUACGAUUAGACAACGUUCCGUGCGAAAACAAAAAGAACUCGACCGGGAACUCCUCCGACGAUUUCUUUUUCUUUCGUCCCCGGUGAAAUGUCUGGGAUCGAUACGGAAUCGGGUACAGGUCCCUCACGUGAAACCGUUUUUAAUCCUAGUUCUGUAUAUAUCACUGGUUCGGCCAAUCAGUAAUAAAAAAAAGAAAAAAAAAUCUUUCGAAAAGCAGCACUGCUACGAUUCGAGGAAUUAAUGGCGGGAUCUACGCGGAAUGAAUUAAUAUAAAGCGUUAGUGACUGUAUCCAGUAUAAUAUAUCUGAUAAAAGAUACCCCUGAUGCCACAUGGCGCAUCUGACAAUAAAGUGAUUCAAUGAU